AUGUCUACUGCUAAUGACAUGAGGAAUUGCGGAGAAGAUAUACCGAAUAUCAAAAUUGUUGAGAAAAUACUUCGAAGUCUCACCGAUAAACUCAACUUCAUAGUAUGCUCAAUUGAAGAAUCCAAGGACAUUGACCAAUUAAUAGUAGAUGAAUUACAGGCAUCUUUGCUUGUACAUGAACAAAAGAUGAUGGAUAAAAGGAGUGAAGAGCAGGUUUUGCAGGUGGAGAAUGUACCAAGAUAUGGACAAGGAAGAGGCAGAGGGACAUUUCAGAGAGAAAGAGGUUACUCUAGAGGGCGGGAAAGAGGUAGAUCUUUUGUGAACCUGUCAGCCAUCAACUAUUUUCAAUGUGGAAAGCAAGAACAUUACCAAUUUGAAUGUCCGGGCUUAGAAAAAGAGGCUAUCAAUUAUGCUGAAUUUGACAAGGAGGAAGAACGACUAUUGAUGGCGUACACAAAGGAAAGUAAAGUUGAAAGAGAAGUCAUUUGGUUUCUCGAUUCCAGGUGCUCAAAUCAUAUGACAUGGGACAAAACAUGGUUCGUUGAGCUUGACGAAAGUUUCAAACACACUGUCAGGUUGGGAAAUAGCUCAAAAUUGGCAGUUGAAGGAAGAGGUAGUGUCAGAUUCAAAGUUAAAGGUAUCACAAAAACCGUGACAAAUGUCUACUAUGUCCUCAAUCUCACCAACAAUUUGCUAAGCAUAGGGCAGCUACAGGAGAAGCGCUUGGUGAUUUUAAUCAAAGAAGAAACCUGCAGAAUCUAUCAUCAACAAAGAGGCCAAAGAGGCCUGAUAAUGAACACAAAAAUGACGGCGAAUCGCAUGUUCUCAGUUCAUGCAAAGAUGAAGUCAUUGGUUGACCAAUGUUUGAAAAUCCAAGAUGAAGACUUGGAGGCUUUGUGGCACAAGAGGUAUGAACAUUUGAAUAGUAAAUCUAUUCAAAUCAUGCCGCAAAAACAAAUUUUGAAAGAAUUACCCAAAUUAAAGGAAGUUGUCAAAGUUUUCACAGAAUGCAAUGUUGGGAAGCAACAACGGAAAAAAUUUCCAAAGAAAAGCAAAUGGAGAGCAUCAAACAAACUGGAAUUGAUUAAUGGAGAUUUUUGUGGACCAUCACUCCAACCUCUCACAGUGGUAAAAGGUACCUAUUGGUACUUGUAG